AUGGGGCCCAGGGCGUCCCUGAGCCGGCUCCGGGAGCUGUGCUGCCGCUGGCUGCGGCCCGAGCUGCACACCAAGAAGCAGAUCCUGGAGCUGCUGGUGCUCGAGCAGUUCCUGAGCGUGCUGCCCGCGCACCUGCUGGCCCGGCUGCAGGGCCAGCCGCUCCGGGACGGCGAGGAGGUGGUGCUGCUGCUGGAGGGCGUCCAGAGGGAGGCCAGCACCGUGGGGCCGCUGGAUUUUAGUUUUAAUACUGGCAAGAACGGUCCCCGUGCAGACGUCACUUCGGGGGAACAGGGGGGCUCUUCCCAGGUCUCCAGUCACAGCCCCAAAAAGGAAGUGCCCUCCGAAGGACCUCCGGCCCUGGAGCCACCAAAGGAACCCCCACUAUCCCAGCCGGGGCCCUCCAAGCUUGCUGAGCUGGGCACCUGGAGACACCCCCCAAGUUCAAAGCAGCCACUGAGCCCAGGCCCCACGGGGGCCUUCCAAGCCCUGCAAGAGUGUGCCCCCCAGGGCCCUGUGCUGUGGCUGGAGGAAGACUCCCGAGAUCAGGAGCUGGCAGCCGUGCUGGAGUCCCUGACCUUUGAAGAUGUUCCAGCAAAGAAGGCUUGGCCUGUUCACCCUCUGGGACCUGGAAGUAGAACCCCAGAUGAGGAGUUCAAAGAAGAGCCCAAAGCCGUUGCCUGGCCAGCUGUCCCCUCAACAGAGCCUCAGGCAGAUAGUCCCCAGGUGGCAGAAGAGCCCCAUGCCCAGGUGCCGGGGCCAGGCCCCGAAGCGAGUGGCACGGGCGGAGGAGGGUCCCCUCUCGGCAGCAGUGACAUUCUGGAGGUCAAAGUGGCCGAGGGGACCCCCAGGUCGGAGCCAGAGAUGGAAUUCAUCUGCGCAGACUGCGGGGUGACUUUCCGACAGCUGGGCCGCCUGGAGGCGCACCAGCUGCGGUCUCACCCGAGCGCCCGGGCCUUCCCGUGCGAGCGCUGCGGCAAGAGCUUCGGCCGCAGUUCCAUCCUCAAGCUGCACAUGCGCACGCACACGGACGAGCGGCCCCACGCCUGCCACCUCUGCGGCCACCGCUUCCGCCAGAGCUCACACCUGAACAAGCACCUGCAGACUCACUCCUCGGAGCCCGCCUUCCUGUGCGCCGAGUGCGGCCAGGGCUUCCAGCGCCGGGCCAGCCUCAUGCAGCACCUGCUGGCGCACGCCGAAGGCCAGCAGCCCUCGUGCGUCCCCGAGACCCGGCCCGCAGCGCGCGAGCUGGCCGUGGUCCUGUGCUCCCACUGCGGCCAGACCUUCCAGCGCCGCUCCAGCCUCAAGCGCCACCUGCGGAUCCACGCCAAGGACAAGGGCCACCAGUGCUCCGAGUGCUCGGGCAGCCUGCGCCCGGGCCCCGAGCGCAGGCCGUACGUGUGCGGCGACUGCGGCAAGGCGUUCCGGCGCAGCGAGCACCUGGGGGCCCACCGGCGCGUGCACACGGGCGAGCGGCCCUUCUCGUGCCAGGUCUGCGGCCGCAGCUUCAGCCAGAGCUCGCAGCUGGUCUGCCACCAGCGGGUGCACACGGGCGAGAAGCCCUACAGCUGCCCGCACUGCGGGAAGCGCUUCGUGCGGCGGGCGGGGCUCGCCCGCCACCUCCUGACCCACGGCGGCCCGCGGCCCCACCACUGCGCCCAGUGCGGCAAGACCUUCAGCCAGACGCAGGACCUCGCCCGCCACCGGCGCAGCCACACGGGCGAGAAACCGUGCCGCUGCAGCGAGUGCGGCGAGGGCUUCAGCCAGAGCGCCCACCUGGCGCGCCACCAGCGCAUCCACACCGGGGAGAAGCCCCACGCCUGCGACACCUGCGGCUACCGCUUCCGCAACAGCUCCAACCUGGCCCGGCACCGCCGCAGCCACACCGGCGAGCGGCCCUACGCCUGCCAGACCUGCGGCCGGAGCUUCCGGCGCAACGCGCACCUGCAGCGGCACCUGGCCACGCACACGGGGACCGAGGCCGCGGCCCGGCCGGCCGAGCCCCCGCAGGAGUGCCGGGAGUGCGGCAAGAGCUUCAGCCGCAGCUGUAACCUGCUGCGCCACAUGCUGGUGCACACCGGCGCCAGGCCCUUCUCGUGCGCGCAGUGCGGCCGCAGCUUCAGCCGCAACUCGCACCUGCUGCGCCACCUGAGAACCCACGCCCGCGAGACCUUGUACUAGCCUCGCGAGGGUUCCGUCGGGCCCGCCCCGGCCUCCGUGUCCCGGUGGCUACACCCGCGGUUAGUUCCCCCCUACGCCGGAGGCGUCUCUGCCUGGCCUCAGGGAUGGAUCUCAAAAUGCCUAAUGGAAAACAACUUCCUUG